AUGUGCUUCCGUUUUUACCGGAAGUUGUUGUGUAAAAUUGAAACGCCUGCUGAGUACGAGGUUGGACCGAGGAAAAUGAGUCCCUUCGGCACCUGCAAGGGAGCCCUGGCCUGGAAUUAUUUGCUGUGCCUCAUAACGCCGUGGACCAUGAUGGAGCAAAGAAGAGUCUUAACUAUUCCAUUUGCUGUUGACAAAGAUAACAUGGUGGAAAACCCACUCAGGAUCCCCAUGACAUGUCGCUCAUCAGACUGUGGGAAGUUAGACGGACAGGUUCCAUGGACAGUGUUUUCAGGAUACAAAUUCAGAUCGUGUAAUUCGCAUAAAAAUGGAUCCGUGAUGUUUGACCCUGCUACUAUGAUGAAUCUGGAAGUGACAAGGAGGAAGCCUUUGCUGAUUUUAACAGAUGUUUUAAAGACGGAUCUAGGAAAGGCUUACAUGGAAAGGAAAAGAAAUAGUGGCCCCAUGAGCCACAGAGAACAGCUGACGGAUCCACAGGGAGAGAGCAGCUGCUGCCAAGAAGAACCUCCUCUGACCUGCAGAGAGACUCGCUCCAGUCACAAGGAAACCAGGAAUAAUAGGAGCAAGCCCGUAACUCCUAAAAGCAGCCAGAGGACCACCCCUCCAUCAUCCUCUCAUAGAUCAAGACUCACGAGAAAUUCACAACAUUUAAAGGAAAAAGAUGAUGAAGAAAGCGAAGAUAUCCAGGAGUUGAUACUAGGCAAAGACAGUGAUGAAGAUGAGCGUUUUGCCGAGGUUGUAGACUGUGGAUUGUCAUUGAGCUGGGAACAUACCAAGGAUGAAGGUGGCUGUAAAGAAUUCUCCCCAGACAGCAUCAAGGAUAGAUUGUCUGAUCCCGACAAAGAUGUAAAACACAGCUUACAAAAAAGGAAGAGAUCGGUGCCCGAGUGCAAUGGAAGAAACAGCCCCAAACGCCACCGUGAGAGUGUGCUUCGCUUCACGGUGGACGACAAAGGAGCCGGUGGACUGACUCCCACGUCGGUUCUUCAGGAGGAGCAGGAGGGAGACGUAGACAUGGAGAAUCUGGACCGUUGCAUUGUACAGUUCACAGUUGGAGAAGAGGAUCGGUUGGAGACUCAGGCUCCAGUCGGCAGCCCUUCCUUUGAAGCUGGAGAUGUUAUUAGCAACCAGAGCCAAAGCCUAUUAUCCAGGGAGGACAUCGCAACGCAAACCAGCCCUGCUGAGCCCAUUGUGCUGUCCAGUGAUGAUGAGGAAAACGGUGUCAAAUCUGGGCACUGCCGGGAGCGGGCCCCUCUGGAGGGCCGAGUCACACAGGAAAACCCCUCACAGGAAAUUGUGCCCACACAGCAGGGGGCUCUUGACUUUGAGAUUAUUCAGUCUUUGAAAGUUGGUGUCACAGGGGCGUGUAGCUCAGUACCGGUUCCUCCAGAUGAACCUGUGGACUACUCCUGCAUUAGCGUGGCCUUCUGCACCCUGCACUAUGGAGGUUAUCAGGGCAGAGCAAACGGAGGACUCAUGAUAGCAAAAACUCAAAUAAUCUUCCCAGUGAAAGACUCGAUAAAACAGCUGAACGCGAUACUAAGUUUUGAACGCAAAGACCUGAGGAAGUACAGCGUCUGGGAGCAAGAGGAGCUAGAAGAACGAGGGGUUUGCUUUGAGGACGAGGAGCCCCCUCCCGCUGCUGUGCUGCUGUUCUGUGUGUCGGAAGCGGCAGCAGAAGAGAUGCGGCGGGCAGUUCAGCAACUCUUCAAAGACGACGGAGCCACAAAUACAGGAAAAGCCAGCCCCUUUAUUCUGCUUACUUUGAGAGAUCCUUUGGUAGGAAUGGAGGGAGCUUUAUUGCGUUCAGUCCUGGAAUUGGACUGCAUGAACAAUCUGACAAGUGAACAGAACUUGGAAGCCAGCGGCGACGACUCCAGCAGCAGUUUGGGGGGCCUCAGUACUCCUUUCCUAUCUCUGGAUGAAAGCAUAGAGCUGAUUGAAAGAACUGGGCUGGACCCGCACCUGCUCGCCAUGCUGAGCGUGAAAAGCACUGAUUCAGAACACUACUUCCGCCAAGACAGCCCACAUUCUGAGGUGGACGAAAUCCCCACGGCUCACAUCUGGGUGGAUCAGGAGCUGGAGAAAGAGUCCGACGUGGAGCCGGAAAUGGCAUCUGAGGAAGACGCAGAGAGCCAACUGGAACCAAAGGAGGACCAGACAGAAGAGCAGCCCGCUAGUUCCUCAGAGACCCUUAGGGUGACAACAUCUGAUGAGUUACUCCCAGAGAGCAGAAAGAAGGAAGUCACCCCCGUCUACACACUUUUCCGUCACAGAACCAGAGGAUCUUACUCUGUGACGCUGGGCAAACCCGCUUCCAACUGGGUUAAAUACAAACACCAGGGUCUGGCUCGCAGGCAAGUUCCCUACGAUCUGCAUCCUUCCUCCCACCGGUUGCUGUUGAUCCAGUUUCCUCCGCCUCCUUUGAAAGGAGGGAUAACUGUUACAAUGGAGGACCUGCAGUGCCUAGACAGUGGACAGUAUCUCAAUGAUGUCAUCAUCGAUUUCUAUCUCAAAUACCUCCUCCAGAAUGCUUCGGCCGCCAUGGCCGAGCGCUCCCACAUCUUCAGCAGCUUCUUCUACAAACAGCUGACACGCAGGGACAAUGCCAGCGAGGGCGGCAGCAGCGACGCUACACCUACCUGUCAGAGGCAGAGGCGACACCAACGGGUCAAGACGUGGACACGACAUGUGGACAUCUUCAACAAAGACUUCCUGUUUGUUCCCGUCAAUCAGGAAGCUCAUUGGUAUUUAGUUGUUAUCUGUUUUCCUGGACUGGAUCAGCCCAAAUUCGAGGACUGGAUACAAGGGUCAGAGGCCGAAGACGAAAAAGCCCCUAAUGGUGAUGACGCAACGCCUUCGGUGUUAAAACGGAGAGACGGAGCAGACACAGAAACGGUAAAAACUCAAGAAGAAACAACCAAAGACUCACCACUUCGUCCAGUAAGCUGCACAGAGCAGACAUGCAAAAGAAAGACGGUAUGGAAGAGGCCAUGCAUUCUCAUCAUGGAUUCCCUCAAGCUUUCCCUUCACGAACGAGUCUUCAAACUCUUACGGGAGUACUUGCAGUCGGAGUGGGAGGUCCGUCGUAGUUCAUCAAGGGACUUUGGUCCCGACCAGAUGAAAAGCUCACACUGUCGAGUCCCCCUUCAGGACAACAGCAGUGACUGCGGCCUUUACCUGCUCCAGUAUGUGGAGUGUUUUUUAAAGGAUCCUGUGGUACACUUUGACCUCCCAUUACAUCUACAACAGUGGUUCCCACGGCAGCAGGUUCGGAGGAAAAGAGACGAGAUCCGAAAUCUGAUUCUCAACCUGUAUCGACAUCAGAAGCUGGAUGAUGAAUACGCGGAGUAAAUCCCUCGUCGAGCUAUGCUAAUUCCUGUAGCCAUUGCAUAUCACUGCUCAUACUGAGCAACUGGACACUUCAGUUUGAACUGAGGCUAGUUCUUUAAUUUAGGUUUUGGUAAAGCGAUCAUUUUCAACGUGACACAGAAUCUUUGGAACGAUUGGGUCUUGUGCAGACAUCAGCUUACUUCACAUAAAGUAGAAUGUAACUUGAAACAAAGAGACUUAAAGUACAUACCCAUAUGUUAAAGGUUCGGACACCCCAAGACUUUUAAAGUUUGUUUUUAUGCCGGGUAGAUUUUUAUUACAAAAAUAUUUGCAUUUAGUUUUCUAUCUGUAGCCCAGAAGUCAAAACCAUAUACUGAUCUAAGUUUUAAUGACAUUUGUUAGACACGUUAUGCUCUGUGUGACUACAAGUUAUUGCUCAUUUCAGAGGUUUUAAGUCACUGCCACUCUAAGAACAGUAGUUCUGAUUCAUAGCAUCAGUCCACAUGAACUAAAUGAGAAAUAAUUUGCUUGAAUAUUCAGGACUUUUCCUCAGAGAACAUAGCAGCCUUUGCGAUGAAGUGAAGCUCCUGUUAUGCUACCUGCAAACUCACUACAAUCUAUCACAUAUCUAAAGACAAUACACACCUCUGUGUGAUUAAAACUUUCUUAUCAUGUUGCUUUGCACCCAAUCGGGUAUUCCCUAUAGAAAGAGAUGUGGCCAACAACUGACUUGUACUUUGUGACAAAAAUGGAAACAUUUUGGCAAAAGCUUGCUGCAGCCUGGUUGUAAAUCAUAUGAAUGUGCAUAUUAUGAGAACUCAAACCUUUUCUUUAAAAUCUAAACAUUCAAGAUAGAUUAAUUUUGUUCGUGUGAGUCUAUCCUUCAAAGGGAUUCGGGGCCCAGUUACAGUGGUAAGUGCAGCUUUCAUAUGGAGGCUUGAGACCCACCUUAGACACUUCAGUCCUUUAGUCUUGUAUGAAUUCAUUUUGUCAAAGAGAAAUCCAGCUGAUUCCUUUAUUUUUGUGUUUUAUUUGUUUUCUUACAUUACAGCAUCUCCAAUGCUCUGUUUUUUUAUUUUUAUCCAAAUGUAUUUGGACAUAAUGUAAUAAAACUAAUUCAAUUAAUCAUUUAUUCCUUUUUUUUAACUUUUAAAACACUUCACAGAAGACCUGUUUGAUGGAUUGUUGUCUUGAAAUUUGCAGCUGUGCUAGGUUUGGGGUAUAAUUUAGAUUUUUUGCUCUUUCCCUUCAGGGUAACAUGGCAACAUGUGCACAAUGCAGCAUUUUCCGUAGCAUUGAAGUGUUCUCUUUUAUCACCAAAUCUAUCUCUUCAGUCAACACUUUUCCUCUAGGUCAGAAAGUGUAAUCUGAAAGCACCUUUAGUUUGCUAGGGCUUGCCACAAUAAUCUGUCCACAGUGUUACAUGGUCAUCUUAGGCGCAUUUACUGUCCCAGUCAGAUCCCUUCACUGUCUGAUUCAAUAAUCCUCACACUGAUCUGCGCUGCGGAGUGUCACGGCUAUUCAAACAAAACAGCGCUUACAUUUUCCAAAACUCCGUGGAUAGCUAACCCCUCCCAACUGUAAGCACGCAGUUUCGCGUAUGGUCAUGUUUGAGGCAGAGGAUGGCAGCUUCGGCAACUCCUCUAAUUAAUCUGAACCACCAGGACGAAGCCGGUGCCAUGCUCUUGGCUCUGUUACUUCAGUUUACAGGAUCAAUCGCACACAAAGUUAAACAAUGUUCAGACACCUGUUGCAAAACAGCAGUGACUGUGCAGGAUAUUGGCUUUGUGCCUUUGACAAAAAGGUCAUGUGUAACACUACUUUAAUUAGCUUACUUGGUCUGGGGAAAAGAAAUCUUUAUGAAUGCAAUCUUUAAAAUGUGUUAGAAAAUGUUUGUCAUAAGUCAGUUGACUUAGUGCUGUUGAACCUUUUCUUUUUUGGCAUCAAA